CAUUGCGGAAGAAGGAGCGGCUUUGAUGAAAACAAAACUGCGAGUUUUCCGUCCGCCCGUCUUUUCGCUCCCACACUGUCUGAAGCCCAGGAAGGUCAUUCCUAUCAUUCCGAUAUGAAUUACGGUUACGGAGCUCCACCCGGUGGACACCCGGGAGCGUAUCCUGGAGGAUUCCCAGGCCAGCAGCAGGAUCCCCUAUUUGGUUACUUCACCGCUGUUGCGGGACAGGAUGGUCAGAUAUCUUCUGAGGAGCUCCAAGCCUGUUUGACCCAGGCCAACUUCUCUGGUGGCUACAAACCUUUCGCCUUGGAGACAUGCAGGUUGAUGAUCAGCAUGCUUGAUCGGGACAUGUCGGGCUCCAUGGGCUUCAAUGAGUUUAAGGAGCUGUGGGCUGUGAUCAAUGGCUGGAAGCAGCACUUCAUGUCCAUUGACAAAGACAUGAGUGGGACGGUGGACCCACAGGAAAUGACCCAAGCUAUCUCCUCUAUGGGCUACAGGCUGAGCCCUCAAGCUAUGAACUGCAUCAUAAAGCGCUACAGUACUCAGGGAAAGAUCACCUUUGAUGAUUAUGUUGCAUGCUGUGUCAGACUGAGGACCUUGACUGAUAUUUUCAGACGACGGGACCAGGCGCAACAGGGAGUGGCCACAUUUCAGUAUGAUGACUUCAUCCAGUGUACUUUGAGCACCUAAGAGGAAUCCCCCGACCAGCACGAGUUUGCUUCAUUUAUAACAGCUUCUUUUGUAUGACAUAGAUGCUUCUUUUUUUAUAGAGUAUGCAUUAUGAGAACUCUAAUGAUUAUGUUUCUUUCUUUUUAUUAUACCAUAACAUGUACUUGAAUCUCUUAAUGCCUCUUAUUACUGAUAUUGCUUUAAUGAUAAAGUAAAAUACAAACAAAAACCACUCAUAAUAAACCACUGAACAUAAAUACAAGACUAACCCAAAUUUUACUCUUGUAUGGACUAUACUAUACUAUACUUGUUUAUGUUGAUGCUCUUUAUUAGUGUAAUUACCCACACAUAGUCUUAAUCGAAGUCUAAAACCAUUUCACUCACCCUAGUGAACAGGCCAGCUAGUAUAAAAUUAUGAAUUGAUUCCCUAGAAUUCAGAAAAUGAUUCCAUGUCAAAGUUGCUUUGCAGUAAAUGUUCAUUCCAACUGUACCAGGCUCUGCUCUGUUUCUGGAAAAAAUAAAGCUUUUUUAUGCACUUCA